UUGAUGGCUUACACACUUGCUUUUUCCAAAGCUGCGGUCUCCUGUCGUUAAAAAGUAUGUUCGCUAUUUAUGGACAAAGUUUUCCUUACACAACUUGAAAACUAGUUAGGCGCGCCGCGGUCUACUCUGUGGGUCCUGCUGCUUACUCCGUCCUCGUAACCAUGGAAACCCUGCUACAACGCCGUGAUCUGUGAUGCUAAAGCCAGACACGAGCUAACCGGAGCAAGCAAUCCAUGCAGAACAAGAGUUUGUUCUGUCAUCAAUCGGCCUUCUGUUAGCCGUUAGAGAUGUCACCACACAAAGACAUUAAAUUUCCACCUUUAACAACGUCACACAAACAAAGACUUACAUAUUAUCGUGCUCCACAAAAUGACCCUGCUCAGACUACAGAGGGAGGGCAAGAAGGACAAAAUCCAGUUUCUGCCCAGCCUGCAGAAAGAAAGAUGUGCUGGAAGGGUAGCAGUUAUAUCUAUGCAUGUCCGGGGAGGAAGCCCCAACUCCUGAUGCACAUGGAGAGCUAUGUGAACAAGGAGCUGCAUACUAUCAGCUCUCAUGAGCCAAAUUUCCAGGAACUGACACUACAGGUCUACCGUGAUGUCUUUGGUUGUUUCAUCAGAGAGUUUAAAACCUACCAACCCCUUCUUUCUGCCAUCAAAAAGGAGUAUGAAACAACUUUAGCACAUCAGCAGGAGCAAAUCCGAGAAUUGGAGCCGAUGCGAUCCUAUCUGAGACUGGUGACAGAGGAAUGUGACAGGAAGAUUCAAGCUCGCUGUGCAGAGGAGCAUGCUGAGAUCGAAGCCUUGAAAAGGGAGAAGCAGAAACUGCAGAAGGACAUUGAGGCCAUGAGGGAGAGAGAAAAGGCCAAGCAGGCAGUGGUGGACCGUCUGCAGUCUGAACUCUCCAACCAGUAUAUGCAGUACCGGGAGGAGCGUGAUGCCCGCAAGUUGCUGAUCUGGCAGCUCAGUGACCUAACAAGAGGCCCUGAGAAGGAGGAGCGCUCUGCAGAUCAACGUACUGAAGAGGAUAAGGACCAAGUGGAGCUGCAGCUGGCUCUGAAGGUGUGUCGGGCAGACCUGACUAAAGCCCAGGAGGAGCUCAAAAGGAUGAAGGCAGAGUACUGGGAUGUGGUGCCACGACGUAAUUGGGACGCGCUGGAACGAACACACAAAGAGACUAUCCUGCAGUUGGAGACUCUGCGGGGUGACUUUGAUAAGUUGAAGACUGAGUAUGACACCCUGCUGGAGCUCCAUAAAGGGGACAGCAUGCAGAAUGAGGCACAUGACCGCAUCACUGAUGUGCAGAUAGAUGACACUGUGUCCAAGGGACAAAACCAGAUGGAGUCCAGCCAUCUAAAAGUGCCACUUGACUCUGAUGUCCCUGAAAGCAGCACACUCAGAGUCCAGGAGUUCAGGCCGGCUCUGAGGGCAGUGUUCCCUCUGCAGUCAGUUCAGGAAAAAGAUGAACUUGUGGCCUCAGCUCAACGCAAACCAGACAGCAGCAAAGAUGCCAUCUCCUCUCAGAUACUCCACUGCCCACUUGCAGAAUCCAGCGUGGCUGCUUUACCUGUGGCUCUCGACCAAUCAGAAGAAAAUGCUGCUUCAAGUCACCUUCCAGCCAGCGAGUGAUCGUGUAGUAGUAUUCAUUCUGUCGAUUGAUAAUGAAGAAGGGUUGAACUGUAUCUAAAAGAAGACAAGGUCAAGGACAGCAGCUGACCUCAACUACAACUACUACUACUAACUUUGAACUACAUGGUCUGGAGAAAGAGAUUAACGAAUGUGCUGCUGAUGAUAAAGCAACCUCCCCCGAGCUCCUUUCUGACAUGGACAGUAAUCUGUAAAUGCCAGUUUGACUGAACAUGUUGACGUCAUGUUUGACCUUUUUCUGUAAAAGCUGCUCAUUCAGUUAGCCAGAAUCUCGCCGGUAGAGGAUUUUGAGUUUUCUCAAAAUGUUAUUAUGUUGUUUUUGUGUUUUAUGUGCGAGUCCAGGUUCUGGCACUGGCACUAGCUUCAAUGCGUAUAAGCAAUUUCUUUUUCUUGAUUAAUUUGAGCAAGCUAGUAUCAUACUAUCAUUUAUUUUGAUGAUUUAGUACAUUGUUUUAAAGCCACUCACCAGAAAAUUACUUGUAGACAUUGAUAACAGUCUAGGAAGAAGCAGGGCCCUGUAAUUAAUCUCACAAUCUGCCAAAUGUUUGCUUAUGAAUAGGAAAAUCAUAAAAA